AUGCGGGUACUCACAGCCCAGGCAACCAAGCGUGUGCUGCAUCAGCUGCAGGAGUCUGACCUCAUCAUCGCACAGUGGCUCAACCACUUUUGCGCAGAGCACCCUCCCCUGGAUGGCAAUAAGUUCAUUCUGUCGCUGCUGUCCAUGAAGGGCACCACUGUGGAUGAGGCGGCAUUUGGGGUGACUCACCACAUCAACCCCCAGAACAUAGCCCACCGCAUACUCAUGACCCGUGAGGACAUGGCUCUCAACAUGGCCCAGGGCCUGUCAAAGUAUGCCACCCAGGAGAAUGGCAUGGUGCUGCGGCGGCACUUGGAGAACACGACGUACUUGAGCGGCGGGCACGACACCGCCUACAAGAGCCGCCGGGGGUACCACCGGCCCCGCCCCUGA